AUGGAGGCAGCCAGACAAGCUUGGGAAUUUGAAAAUUCCCUCCAACUCGUUGACCCACAACGUGAUGCGCUCUACAAUUAUGACCCUGCCGUCCAUUCCGCCCUCACCGCCCAAAAGCCCUGGUCAACCGACCCACAUUACUUUAAACACAUCCGCAUCUCCGCCGUUGCACUGUUAAAAAUGGUCAUGCAUGCGCGCUCCGGUGGGAGUAUAGAAGUUAUGGGCCUAAUGCAAGGUUACAUCGCCGCCAACACGUUCAUCGUCACCGAUGCCUUCCGUCUUCCAGUGGAGGGCACAGAGACCCGCGUCAAUGCUCAGGAAGAAGCAAAUGAGUAUAUGGUCACAUAUCUACAGGCAUGUCGGGAUUCAGGACGACUCGAAAAUGCCAUUGGUUGGUAUCACAGCCAUCCGGGUUAUGGGUGUUGGUUAUCCGGCAUCGAUGUCUCAACGCAGGAUACACAGCAGAGAUAUUCCGAUCCCUUUGUAGCGGUUGUGAUAGACCCUGAUCGUACGAUAUCCGCCGGCAAAGUUGAGAUUGGUGCCUUCAGGACCUUUCCGAAAGAUUAUACGCCGCCUAAAAAUGAGCACGAUGACGACGACGAAUACCAGAGCAUCCCAUUGCAUAAGGUGGAGGAUUUCGGCGCACAUGCUGCCCAAUACUAUUCGCUUGAGGUUUCGCAUUUCAAAAGCACUCUUGAUACUAAAAUACUUUCAUUGUUGUGGAAUAAGUACUGGGUUGCCACGAUUAGCCAGAGUCCGUUGUUUACGAAUCGCGAAUACGGGAGUAAGCAGAUUCAUGACCUGGGGCAGAAGAUGAAGAAGGCUACUUGGCAGAUUGAUCAUAGUUCGUCACGGGCUGGGGGAGGUGGUGGAGUUGGAAGCAGCGCUGCAUUGCUAGUGAAAGACCAGCAUCUAGAAAAGGUGGUUAAGGAGGGACUGAGAAUUGUGGGCGAUGAAGUGAAUGGGCUGAUGGCUGCUGAGAUUAAAAAGGCGUUGUUCUAUGGCAUCGGACAGGGAAAUACACGAAGGGCCACAGAUGAGCAGACGCAGGAGGCGUAG